AUGGAAGCUAUAGCGACUCUCCCUAAUCUUCUCGAUAUCCGUUUCUUGUUUCUUCCGUCUGGUGUCUUUCAGGAUUUUGCACGUGCACUCAAGAGCACGCCGAUGAGACUCACGUUGUUCGACAUCGACCCCGAUAUGGUGUCGGAAGAUAACCUCGUCAGCAUUCUGAACUACAUGAGACCUUCCGAUUCCGAGAUCGCUGUCCCAGAGCCGCGUUGUGCGAAUGAAGGUGCCGUUGACACUGGCGAACGCAGACCGUUGCCCUCGCUUUCAUGCCUCCAGUCGCUCUACGUCUCUCUUCUUCUUAAUCGUCCUCGCAGUAGUCUGGAGCAGCCUCUUGCUCACAGGUUGGCUUUCCCCGCCAUCAAUGAAGUGGCCCUCGUGAAUGGAUUUCUGUCGACGGAUGUGGCAUUCCAAGCAUUCCGCAACGUCCGCAGAUUGACGCUUCGCCUCAUGCGCAUGCCAAGCGGUGCGCCUAGGACUACGCAAUGGAAGGAUCUCGACUACCUCAAUGCCUCCCCUUUGUCGUUCGUGGCGUGGACGAUCACGAUCCCCGUCUCGUGGCUCGAGUUGGACCUGGAUCUGUGCUAUCGUAUGCCAGAGCUGCCGUGGGUCGAACUGAGGCCCGUCGCAGUGACGGUGCAUCGCGACAUCAGGGACUUCGAGAAAGAGCGCGACCUCUUCUGGCAGACACUGGCGAAGGCGAUGUCGGAGGCGCACACGGUGAGGUCAUUUGAACUCACGCUGACCAUGGACCGCUUGCCCCGCGACUUGGGCAACGUCGAGGACUGGGAGGAUGUAUCCUUUCUGAGAGCCGCAGUGAGCACCAUUCUACAGGAGCUGGCAGAUGCAAACGUGCCGCUAAUGUACCUUCGCGUGUUCUGUGUGCUCACCGGGCUCGAGAAUGGCGACGACGUCAGGGACGACGCCGCCGUUGACCCGGUGGGGCUGAUCCCGCAGGAAGUGCAGAAGUGCCUGCCGGGGGUGCGCUACCUCUCGCUGGGAGUAGGUAAGUGGCACGAAUAUGACUCGACCAUGCGCCUUCCCGUCAAUGAUCCCAAGUGGCGGUAUUCGUGGUGGCGGUUUUCUGAAAAUGACGAGAAGAGACGUAUGCCUGCGGCCGUCGGAGAGCGGUUGCGAAAAGAGAUGUUCGGGCGGGAGUGCGACUUUGAGUCGCUCGCGAUGCGAGAGCUUGAGUUGAGCACGGAGCUUGGAUACGCAGACGGGUUGCAGAUAUAG